CUUGAAUCAGUUCGUUCUCGUUCUCUGUUUUGGGUGUUACAGAUGAUGUGCUGAUAAUUUACGAGAACUCCUUAAGCUUAAUCCCAAUUCUAGUUUUGAAUUAUAACUUGGAUUCUUCGUAAGAAACAUCUGUGAAAAUGGUUGAACAACAGAAACAACGUAUUGAGCUGGAGUUGUCUCAGCGUGUGGAUGAACUAGACCGGACAAUCUUGCGUAAGAUGCAGGGUGAAAUGCACGAGUGUGCAGCAAGAUGUUGUCGGGAUACGGGAGCCAGCAUGGAUUCUGUACAACGGUGCGUAGAAAAUUGUUCCGCCCCGGUGCAACGCGCUCAGCAGCACGUUGAGACAGAAUUGGGAAAUUUUAAUAAUCGUCUGCAGCGGUGCGUGAUGGAUUGUAAUGAUAGUAUCAAGGAUAAAAUGGGUCCAAAUCCGACGGAUGACGAUAUUUCGAAAUACACCGCUAUGUUUGAACGAUGCGCAAUUAAGUGUGUAGAUAAGCACGUAGAUAUAUUACCCGGUCUGUUCAAGUCAAUGCACCAAGUACUGGGGAGUAAAAGAUUUUAGGAACAUUGAUAAUUUAUACGACUACAUUCUACACACUGUAGGUUUAUGGCUUCUGGGUAUUCGAGUGUGUAAUUUACAAAGUCAUCUGUGUAAAUAAGAGACCUGUUUACACUUAGGCAAAAAAAUACUAAACUAUUGACACACAAAAGAAUUUAACGCAGGUUACAUUUGGUAUAUGUAGUGACUUCCGUUAAGACUUAAAUGUGUCAUCAAAGAUAUUGUAUUUUAUUUGUAAUAAAC